GGCGGGCAGGCUGGCUGGAUUUGCAGCUGCCCGGGGACGCGAGCAUCUCCGGAUCGCUUUGCCCGUCUAGGGGAGCCUCCUGUCCGGUGUCUGCGGGUCCCCUCGCCGGGCGCCCGCGGAAAAAGAACCAGGCUUGCGUGUCUCUCGGGACUUGGAGUACUUUUCAGUUUAAGGGAAGGGAAGCAGAAGAGAAACUCCAGACAGGAAUGUCAGCUCCUUAUUGAAUUGCCCUAAAUUGCCCCCAAAAUGCAGUUCAAAGCGAUGCAGAAAUCUUGGACAGUUCUCCGGAGCGGCCGUCAAAUUUUGGCACAAAAUUCCGUCCAAGCCUACAGUGGUGGCCCUUGGAGAAAAUUGGCUGUUUUGAAUAACCUCGAUUUGAACCGAAUGAGAUUCAACGGCUCCAAGUUUUUCACCGGAUUCCCAGAAAUUCAAGGAUGCGGUUUCCUGUUAUUAGGAAAAGCCACUAGUUUGCAAAGAGGAAUGAAGGAAAAGAAGAAUUUUUGGAGACAACAGAGUACUCGCUCCUGCCCGGAAGCUUUGGUGUACAAAGUCCGCGUUGCCACCGGGAAGCGUUGGGGUUCAGCUACUUUCGACUCGGUCUCCAUCACCCUGGUGGGCUUAAAGGGACAAAGCGCCAAGCAGCUCUUGGAUAAGACCGGGAAGGACUUCAUCCCUGGGGCGGUGGAUGACUAUGAAAUCUCGAGCGAUCGUCAUCUGGGCCCCCUGCUUUUAAUCCGGCUCCACAAGGAACCCUAUCAAUUCUUCCCAGAGGAUCCGUGGUUUUGCGACUUCGUCCAGCUAACUGACCCGGAUGGCCAGAUUUUCCAUUUUCCUUGCUACCAAUGGAUCGAGGGCUACCAGGACCUGGAGCUGAGAGAGGGCACGGGCAAAUUGAUCUGUGACGAUGGCCAGAACUCCUGCCUGCUGAGACACAGGACGGAAGAGCUGAGAAACAGGCAGGACACCUACAGGUGGAUGGAAUUUGCUCCUGGCUUGCCGCGGUGUGUGGCGGUGGACACCAUAGAUGAGAUGAAUACCAACAUCAAGUUCUCCUUGACCAAGAUGAGCACUUUCAUGGCCCGUUCAAAACUGACACAAUUGGAGUUCAGGUUAAAAGGCCUAAUGAACUACCACAAUUCCUGGAAAAAACUCGAGGACAUUCGCAAGGUUUUCUGGUUCAACAAGACCUUGGUUUCAGAAUAUGUUGCUGAUCAUUGGCAAGAAGACGCCUUCUUUGGCUACCAGUAUCUGAAUGGGGUCAACCCUUUGGUGAUUGAGAAGUGCACGGAGAUCCCGGCCAAAUUCCCUGUGACCCAGGAGAUGGUCGCUGAGUCCCUUGGAAAAACCACCACUCUCUCGGAGGAACUGCAGAAGGGGAACAUCUUCAUAGUGGACUACAAGAUGCUCCAAGGAAGCCCGACCAACGUCAUCCACGGUGAACAGCAGUAUCUGGCUGUCCCUUUGUGCCUCUUCCACCAGAUGUCUUCUGGGAAUCUCGUACCGAUAGCAAUCCAGCUCAGCCAAAUCCCCGGUGCCGAGAGUCCCAUUUUCCUUCCCAGCGACCCACACUGGGAUUGGACCCUAGCUAAGAUGUGGGUGCGCAAUGCCGAUUUCCACAUCCACCAGAACAUCUCCCACCUUCUGAAGACCCACCUGAUGGCUGAGAUCUUCACCAUGGCCACUCUACGGCACCUCCCCAUGUGCCAUCCGGUGUUCAAGCUCCUGAUUCCACACAUAAGAUACACCCUCCAGAUCAACAUAUUAGCCAGGAUCCGUCUGAUCAAGAAAGGUGGCAUGAUGGAUCAGGCCACCUCAGCCGGGUUUGAAGGAGUUGGUUUCUUGGUGAGCCGAGGGGUGCAACAACUGACCUACUCUUCGCUCUGCCUGCCGGAGGACAUCAAGGAUCGUGGCGUUGAGUCUCUCGCCAACUAUUAUUAUCGAGAUGAUGCCACCAAGAUCUGGGCUGCCAUAGAGAGGUGA